AUUAUUUAUUUUGUAAUAUUUUUACCCGCUCUUUCACCCAUUUAAGUGAAUGAAGAAAAAAAAAUCAUUUACUUAUUUUUACCUAAAUGAGUAGCAUUUUUUACCUGCUCUUCCUUCACAGAAACAACCUUAUUCGAAGGUAGGGCCUAAUCCGAAUAUUUCAAAUUGAUGGAAUGAGAAACAUAAAAAAUUUACUCAUGCACUGCUUGAAUUAGACACAAUAUUAUUAAUUUGGUGAAGUAAGAACAAGUCAGUAUUCUAUUCUGCAUUGAAGCAUGGCAAUGGCAUGCAACAUGAGAGCGAGAAGAAGAGUGUACGAAGGAAUGAUCCAAAGCCCUUUCCAACGGUUCGUGCACUCGUCUCCACCCGAGCUGAUCCAAAACCUCCUCAAGUUCCGAAGAGACAAGCCCACCCAACAACUGGAGCAAGCCCUCGAUCAAUGCGACCUCCACCUCACCCACGACCUCGUCCUCGACGCCCUCCGCCGCCACCGCUCCGAUUGGCGACCGGCCCACGUCUUCUUCAACUGGGCCUCCAAAGCCCCCACCUACAGGCCCAACUCCGACGUCUGCAACCAAAUCCUCGACAUCCUCGGCAAAACAAAGCGCUUUCACGAACUCCACCAAGUGCUCGACCAAAUGUCCAAGACACACGGACUCAUCAACGAAGCCACAUUCUCCACCCUGCUUCGCAGGUUUAUCGCUGCCCACAGAGUCCACGAAGCAGUUCAGUUAUUCCACAGGAGGAGCGACUUCGGCUUGGACCCAGGUUCGGAGCCUUUCCAAACCCUCUUGAUGUGGCUGUGCAGGUACAAGCACGUCGAAGACGCCGAAGCCUUGUUUCACAGCGAUCCAGCGCUUCGUCACGACAUUAAGACAUGGAACCUCAUUCUCAACGGUUGGUGCGUGCUGGGGAACGUGCACGAGGCCAAGAGGGUGUGGAGAGACAUAGUGGCUUCUUCAUGCAACCCUGAUGUGUUCUCGUAUGGAACCUUCGUCAAUGCGUUGACCAAGAAAGGGAAACUCGGAACCGCGCUGAGGUUGUUCCGUGGAAUGAGGGAGAAGGGUGGUUGCAAACCUGAUGUUGUGAUAUGUAAUUGCCUCAUUGACGCUCUUUGUUUCAAGAAGAGGGUUCCUGAGGCGUUGGAGAUUUUCAGGGAGAUGAAGAGUGAGGGGGGUUGUGAACCCGAUGUGGCUACUUACAAUUCGCUUGUUAAGUGCAUGUGCAAGAUUCGGAGGAUGGAGAAGGUGUAUGAGCUGGUGGAUGAGAUGGAGAGGAGGAAAGGUGGGUGCUUGCCCAAUGCUGUUACUUAUUGUUACUUGCUGAGGAGCUUGAAGGAUCCCGGGGAAGUUCGCGGGGUUUUGGAGAGGAUGGAGAGAAAUGGGUGUGGCAUGAAUGAUGAUGUUUAUAACUUGUUGUUGAGGUUGUAUGUGAAAUGGGAUGAUGGGGAUGGAGUGAGGAGAACUUGGGAAGAGAUGGAGAGGAAUGGAUGGGGGCCGGAUAGGCGAUCGUAUACCAUCAUGGUUCAUGGCCACUUUGAGAGAGGCAGGGUGAAGGAUGCUGUGCGUUAUUUUGAGGAGAUGGUUUCCAAGGGAAUGGUUCCAGAGCCAAGGACGGAGAAGCUAGUGAGUUCCUUGAAGAUUCGGGUGAAGGGGAGGACAGAACAACAGGAAGGUAUUGAUGAGGGGAUUGCUAGUGUUUGAAGUCUUGGGAUUUGGUUCAAUUGGAAUGCUUGGACAUUGUUUCAUUUGAGCUUCGCAGCUUCAGAGUUGUGUUGUUGGAACUACAUGUGAUCAAUUAGGAGAAUGUGAAGGAGCACCUUGGCUGUAAAGCCUUAAAUCAUUGCAAUGAAGUUUUUAGAAUGAUGAGGGGCAGGUCAUAAAUCGCUUGUGGAAUGGCCAAUGGCAGUAGUGUGUAACUAAUGUCAAAUUAGCAUUAGCCAGUACCAGUUCUGCAGAGAUUUCAGAUUGAGUGGAGAGGUGUGCCAAUUCUCCAACUGCUUUCACUACAACCGAAUUUGCCAUGUUCAUACACGGAGCUUGAAGUGUCCUCGACCCUGCGCCAAGGCCAGCACGGUGCUGCAACUGCCACAGAUUUUACUAAUUGACCGCUUUCUGCCUUUUUAUGUCCAAGAAUUUUGACAUUGUUGUCGAUCCAUUUCUUCUUCACCAGCUACUUGCAGAGGAAGAAUUGUUUAUUAUUGACUUUGUCCGUGUAAUGUAUGUGGGAAGUCUUACAUAACAAAAGUAAUGUCUAGUAAAUGAGGUUAUGUUGAUACAACAUCUAUACAAAAUAUAAAUGUGAAUAAUUUAGGUGAAGAAUAAGGCUUUUUGACUUACUUGAUCUUAUAGAUGGACUUAUAUACAAAAUAAAUUUUUAAGAGCAACUCCAACAUUAGUUUCUUACUAUUGGAGAGGUGUGACGUGGCAGCAAGAGUUUCUUGCAGAGGAGAGAGGGUUGCUUAGUGAAGCAACGAUUGCUUAUUUUUGUGAACUGAAGGUGCGGUGGUGAGGCGCGCAGUUGGACAACGGAGGCGCGCGGUUGGACAACGGAGGCGCGCAGAUAGACGGCGAAGGCGCGCGGUUGGACAGCAGAGGCACGCGAUUGGACAGCGGAGGCACGCGGUUGGACAGCAGAGGCGCGUAAGU